AUGAGCGCCAGUGCAGCCGGAGCUGGAAUCGAGAGAUGCGGGGCCGGGCGUCCGCAGAGUGCUAACCGCUGCUGCGGGGGAGGAGGCUGCGGUGAGCUUGUCAACGGUGACGGCAGCUCGGCCACUGCAGCCACUGCCACCAGCGCUACUCCAGCGCAGUGCUCAGAUACCGAGAGCAGCGUAGCCGAGGCCCAGGCGUUCAGCGAAUGGGACAGUGUCACCUGCAUCAAUGCGGAUCCGUCCCGUAACAAGGACAGUUUAUUUCUGAACGGUACUGCGGAUAUUACACGGGAGGGAGGCGACUGCGUGGAUUCGGGGAAAUAUCAGCGACUCGGUCGCUGUAGUGCCACUGGCAGACAAAACGCCGGACCGGGAGGAGAUAACAGCAUUAAUAUUGAUUACAGAGCCAAAGGCUUGCAGCACGGGGGCGAGCGUCUGUGUUUUAUGGGCGCAGCGACGCGGAGGAACGAGAGCCGAACGAGAGCGAGACUGCAACCGUCAGCCACUGGCACAGACCGGAGAGAACAAGGCACACAACCUGAAACCGAGGGAGCGUUCGUGACAGCCACCGCAAGGUGUGGUCACCAUAAGUCCGAUCCGAUUGUCAGCAAGCGCCGGGGAUGCAGUUUCACUCGUGCUUCGAAGAGGGUGUGUUUUGCUGGAAUAAACACGCUAGCGUACUGCGGCAACUCGGAUUCCGAGAGCCAAAUUAGCCCAGAUGGUGGGGCUCCUGUCAGAGGCACGGCAGGCAGUGGUAGCGUGUACAGCCAGCGCUACUCGGAGACUUACGAACCACGUUGUCAGGUGGACGCCCUCGAGGGCCGGCGCGCGUCCUCACGCAGUGUCCAGGGUGAGAGCGUAGCUGCAUCCAGCAAAUUCAGUUUAACAGCCGGUCAAGCUGGCGUGGCGGGUGGCAGCUAUGGCAUAAACGAUAUGAAAACCACGGAUGGACCGGCAUGCAGGACAGCCAAGGGACGCGUGAGACUGUAUCGAGUACGCUCUUAUUUAGCCAGUUCUUUAGAAUAUCAUACCGAUGUAAGCAGUCCCAGUGGAGGCGGCGACAUGAAUGGAAAUAAGAACGGUGAUCCUGACAUGAGUGUUCACACCGCUCUCACUUCAAAACAGGUGUUUCCCUCCAGUACCGAUUCAGAACGAGAUCUGGAGCAAAAACAGCUGCAGAAUCAGCAGCUAAAGCACCGCGGACGGCUAAAAAAGUCCCUCUCGCCCUCUUGCACGCGCACACACAGUUCUGCCCGCAAUAAAAUGACCCCAGCUGAUGGUGGGGUUCUGAAUGGGACAAAGUCCGCUUUGCAGAGUCUCAGUAGGAACAGUAGCUUUGCGAUGGCGUAUAAUAGUUCAGGUGAACGUGCUGAGGAGGUAGUAGGAGGUGCUGGUUUAGAGGGUCCUACAGCUGAGUUAAUGAAUGCGGUUCAAGACGAGGCCGGGCGCCGGCAGGUGGAACUGCAGGCCCGGAUGGAGCACCUGUGGAGACGCCUCCAGGCUGUACAGGUGAAACAGGUGGAGAGGCACGUGACGCAGCAGCUACGAGGUCUGUGGCACACCCUCGGAUGGAACUGUCCUAGAAGGCCCAGUGCACUUUCCCAAAGCUCAGCGGAGCUCAACAGGCUAGCACACAGCUGCAGCGAGGUCCUCCGCGCAGCAGAGGGCGCUCUGGACUCGGACCACACAGCCAGCAGCUCAGGGGGGAGCAGUGAGAGUGAGGGGGAGCAGGGAUCUGAGAGAAGAGGGCAUUCUGUGUCUGUGUCAUCCAAAACAAUUAGGAUGACCAGGGAGUGGCAGUGGGCGGUGGACAGGGCGUGGCUUGGUAGCAGAUGGGUGUGGUUACAUGCUCAAGUGUCGGACCUGGAGUAUCGGAUACGAGCCCUGACAGAACUCUACACUCACCUCAGACAGGGCAAGGUGAGAUCAUCCCCCUCAGGCCCUGGCUCCCCCCUGAGAGCACAGAGACAUGCCUCUGUAUCACAACCCCCCAGGUCAUCUCCUGUUGAUGACCCACUCAGGAAAAGGCAGACUGAGGAGCCCCCCCCUCUGCCACAAACCCAAACCAGCCCCUCCCUCUCCGCCGCACGGGUUCGACCCUUGCCACAGCUACGGCCUCAUAGGCUCAUUCGGCUCAAUGGGUCUGCUGCUCUUGGCUCAAAGUUUGAAAUUCAUCUGUUCCCCCAGAUGGUGGCGCUGCCGUGCUGGUGUGAGCCUCUGGCGGUGUGUGUGUUGUGCGGGGGUAAGCCGCCUCGCCCCCCCUCAGACAGAGAAGAGAGUGUCAGCGUGCGUCGGGCUGCGCUAGACGCUUGUGUUCACCCGGUUCUCUCUCUGCCCUCAGAGUCUCCUAUAGCUUUGCAUUCUGGAAUUCGCCCGCCGGUCGGGCUACGUUCCCAUAAUUCCAUGCGGUGUCCAAGUGUGUCGGCUCCUCCCCCUUGGCUGGGCCGACGGAGCCAGGCGUCUCAGAGAACAGGGCGGGUACGGAGGAGGCUGGUGUGUCCCCGCCCACCACACACACUUCCUCCACUUUUUAACACACCUGGUGGUUCCAACUGCAGAGGUCAGAGGGGUGUGGUUAGCCCAGGCUUUUUCUCUCAACGAAUCAUAGAUCUCCCCUCGCUGCAAGCCACGCCUCCAGCACCAGACACACCCACUCAGAGCCAGCCCUUGCGAAGGCGUCGUGGAGAGAGCUCUUUCGACAUUGAUAACUUGGUCAUGCCUCAGGGGCUGGCUGGACUGGGAGCACGAGUGCAAAGACUCCAGUACAAAGAAAUCAUCACGCCCAGCUGGAAAGAGCUGGAUUCUGUCUUUGAAGGUUCUGAUGACUCCGUGCCCCUACACUCACAGAGCCAACCCAAAAAGGACGGCUUGGAGGACACGGAGGAGGUGGAGGAUCUGUCUGACGCGGUGUUUGUCAGUCGGCACGCUGUGUGUGAGACUCGCGAGAGAAGUCGCUGGGGAAACUGGGCACGCCGCCGGAGACGGGGAAGAUCCUCCUCUUUCCAUGGGGACAGUAAGCUGAGCUCCAGAGUGCUGGACCAGGCCUGCUGCUCCCCUGAGCCCAGGCACAGGCAGCGGGCUGAGGGCGAGGUGUCCGCCAGCAGCCCCUCCUGCAUGGCCACGGAGGAUCAGUCUGAGGACGAACAACAGACGGUGUUGCCAUGGGAACGCCGGACGUUCCCAUUGAUGGACGCAGAGCUUCAGUGGCUGCAGGAGGAUGAGGAAGAGGAGGAGGAGGGAGACGAAGACCCCUGUGCGGCCAGCGGCCGUAGCCAGAGCACGGACUCGGGCAUCUCUGUGGGCAGUCUGGAGCUUUCCCCGAGGACCCCUCUGCAAUUCUCAGGCACCGAGUCAGUCAGCCCCAUGCUUACGUUAACCCCCAAACCAGCUGCCUCUACAACUCAGGAUAGACCUCCCCUCCCUACGGCCCUCCAGUCAACACCCACCCUCAGACGGCCCUCCAGUCAACACCCACCCUCAGACGGCCCUCCAGUCAACACCCGCCCUCAGACGGCCCUCCAGUCAACACCCGCCCUCAGACGGCCCUCCAGUCAACACCCGCCCUCAGACGGCCCUCCAGUCAACACCCGCCCUCAGACGGCCCUCCAGUCAACACCCGCCCUCAGACGGCCCUCCGGUCAACACCCGCCCUCAGACGGCCCUCCGGUCAACACCCGCCCUCAGACGGCCCUCCAGUCAACACCCAUACCCACUCAGAUUUAG